AUGGAACAAACCCCUGACACCGCCGAACCUCCUCUGUCGGUUCAUGAUCAGCGUCAUUCUCAAAUGGACUUAAUUUUUUGUCCAAAACCUGAUCAAUUGCACAAAAUCCCUGAUUUGCGCGCAACAGUUGAGCUUAUUCUUGGGUCAUUGUGCUCAUACUCUACGGCUCUCGAUGAGGGAAAUGGUAUCGCGAGGCGUCUAAACGUACCUCUACUCGGCAGUCGGGUGGAAGACAUCAUCGGUGGUUCCUUCAGCAGUCCUUGCCCGCGUAUCGUUGAGAUGGAAGAUCCGACGAAUGGCCAUGGAGUUAUUCCGAGCUGGGUGGAUCUCAUUCGGAAGGCGCACCCUGACCAGUUCGAACCGCGCGAGAACGGAAUGUUCUAG